GUUUCACCUUGAGUUUACCGGAGGUUACCACCGGAGGUUAUCCAGACUACCCAUGCCUUCACCUUGCGACGCAUUGUUUCUCUGCAAGGUGGAAGGCCAUAGCGGGCGCAGCUCUGUUGGUUCUGGCAGUGGCUUCAUCCAGCCUUGCUGCCACAGCCCCGCCCGCUGUGCUGCAGAAUUCCAAGAGUUCAGAACUGAAACCGGUGUUUCCUGGGAGUGUCCAAAUUCCAAAAGAGGCUCCCAUCUCUCGGGUAGUGGGUACCGCGCUACUGAACGAAUUGUGCAGCAAAAAGUGAGGUAUGGCAGAGGCUACGGCAAGCACCCCUUUCUUGUCCGGACCUGGGGCGAGAUCCGACGGCUGCUGAAGAGCAGACCUUCGAGGCAGAUCCCGGGCCAGGUGGCAAGACCCACAAAGAGGGAGGAAUUGCUGCGACGAGAACUGAUUGAGGGACGUGUUCCAGAUGUGGAGGAGCUGAACAGGAUAGUGCAGGUAUUUGCUCAACGAGCACGCCAAGAAGUCCGCUAUCCACUGAUGAUUCAGCGAAAGGAAUAUGCCAAGCGUGCCAAGGGCUGGGCCUGGGAGAUGCUGCUCAACGAUAUGGUGCCAAGCAGACAUACCUACAAGUUGUUGAUCCUGGCCUUUGGCGCGACUGGACAUCAUAGUGCCGCGCGCUGGUGGAUUGAUUGGCAGAAGGAGGCCUAUGGCAAGGCCACUAGUCGCUUUGAGAUGAACUGUCUCAUAGAGGCUUUCGCGAAAGCAGGAAGAUCUGCAGAGGCAAUUCGGCAUUUGCGAGAGAUGUCAAAUCUUGGCCUCAAACCUGAUGCAAGAAGCUUUGCAAGUGUCAUCAAAGCCUGGGAACACAUUGGAAAUCGGUACGAGAUGUUGAGAUGGCUGAAAUUGUAUCUCAGAGCAGAACGAAUGAAUGUGACUGGAGACCUGAUGGACCCACGAGAUGCUGGGCUUCCCUACUACGCCAUGGCUGAAUCCUAUGUCAAGGUGGCUGAUGCAGUUAGAACCAUGAGCUUGCUCAAGGCAGUGAAAGACAAGGGUGUGCCCCUGACCAUUGAGGCGUACCGCCUGCGAUUAGACGUUUUGCUGCGCGUUCGUGGCAAUCGGCGAUCCGUGGAUCAAAUCCACCGUGCUUUGGUAGAUUUUGUGGCGAAUUGGCCAAAGACUGGGCCAAUUUUUUCACAAGAUCUCUACGAAAGAUGUUGCAGUGUCCUUGGGGAAGAACGAGUUGUAGGAAUCUUCGCGGUGCAUACUGAGAACGGUGGCGAAGGUUUGGUUCAGCAGGACACCCCACAAAAGGAUGCCUACCAGCAGUGGCAAUUGGCCAACUUAAAUGUUGCUAUCAGCAGAUCGCUCAAACAUGGAGCGAUUUCUGGCACAUCGCUGCUGGUGGGGAGAGAGGAUGACGAUGACACCUUUGUGAAGAAAAGGGCCGCGCGUGGACCCAUGGAGGUUCCAGACAUCGACCAGGGCUUCCGUGUCCUUAAGAGAAAAGCUGGAAAGCAGGGCUUGCCGGAGUGGAUGGGACUCAGGAAGCCUAUCCGAUACGGCACUGCCACCACGCCAAGUUCGAAAGACUGA